AUGGUCUCUUUGUUUGCUUGCGCCCAGGGCGUUGUGAUUCUCGCCGUCGGCAUUGCCGCCAGGGCGAAUCUGCCUCCGAUUCCAUCUGAUUUGACAACCCCAGUUCAACAGCGAAUUGCGGUCAACGAGCCCAACAGCAUCACCGUGAGUUGGAAUACAUACAAGCAGCUGGACAAGGCAUGUGUCAAGUACAGCGCAUCUAACUGCUCCUUAACAGAGCAAGUCUGUUCUACCACGUCUGCUGCCACAUAUCCAUCCUCCCGCACUUGGUUCAACACAGUCACCAUCUCGGGUUUAAGCCCAGCCACCAAAUACUGCUACCAAAUCGUCUCGACCAACUCGACCACGGCAUCCUUCCUCAGUCCGCGCCUGGCCGGCGACAAGACGCCCUUCUCAAUCAAUGCCAUCAUCGACCUCGGUGUCUACGGCGAGGACGGCUACACCAUCCAGAUGGACCAGACAAAGAGAGACGAGAUCCCCAACAUCCCGCCCUCGCUCAACCACACCACCAUCAAGCGCCUCGCCGACACCAUCGACGAGUACGAACUUGUCAUCCACCCCGGCGACCUUGGCUACGCCGACGACUGGAUCCUCCGCGGCCACAACGCCUUUGACAGCAAGAACGCCUUCCAGGCCAUCCUGGAGCAGUUCUACGACCAGCUCGCCCCCAUCUCCUCGCGCAAGCCCUACAUGGCCAGCCCGGGCAACCACGAGGCCGCCUGCGAGGAGAUCCCUCACACCACGGGCCUCUGCCCCAGCGGCCAGAAGAACUUCACCGACUUCAUGACCAGGUUCGGCGGCAGCAUGCCCACCUCGUUCGCGUCCACGUCGCACGACCCCGCGGCCAAGGUGAAUGCCAACAAGGCCAAACACCUGGCCAAGCCCCCAUUCUGGUUCUCCUUCGAGUACGGCAUGGCGCACGUCGUCAUGAUCGACACCGAGACCGACUUUGCCGGCGCGCCCGACGGGCCCGACGGCUCCGCCGGCCUCAACGCCGGACCCUUCGGCCGCCCCGACCAGCAGCUGCAGUUCCUCGAGGCCGACCUCGCCUCGGUCGACCGCGCCGUCACGCCGUGGGUCGUCGUGGCCGGCCACAGGCCCUGGUACACGACGGGGGGGGAGGCGUGCGAGCCCUGCCGGGACGCUUUCGAGGGGAUUUUUUACAGGUACGGCGUGGACCUUGGCGUCUUUGGGCAUGUGCACAACUCGCAGCGCUUCUGGCCCGUGGUCAACGGGACGGCUGAUCCUGCGGGCUUGGAUAAUCCCAAGGCGCCGGUGUAUAUUGUCGCGGGGGGUGCGGGGAAUAUCGAGGGACUGAGUGCCGUCGGGAUGAGGCCGGCGUAUACUGCUUUUGCGUACGCUGACGACUUUAGCUAUGCUACGAUAAGCUUUUUGGAUGCGCAGAACAUGAAGAUUGACUUUUAUAGAUCGGCGACGGGGGAGUUGCUGGAUACGUCUACCCUGUAUAAGGUGCAUGACCGGCAGUUUGUAGAGCAGUGA